AUGAAAGGUUUAAUUCUAGUUGGUGGUUACGGUACCAGAUUGAGACCUCUUACUUUGACUGUCCCCAAGCCAUUGGUCGAGUUCGGUAACAGACCCAUGAUUCUGCACCAAAUUGAGGCACUGGCUAACGCCGGUGUCACCGAUAUCGUCCUCGCUGUCAACUACAGACCAGAAGUCAUGGUCAAGACUUUGAAGAAGUACGAGGAGGAGUACGGUGUUAACAUUACUUUCUCCGUUGAGACUGAGCCUUUGGGCACUGCUGGUCCAUUGAAGCUUGCCGAGAACGUCUUGAAGAAGGACAACUCCCCAUUCUUCGUGUUGAACUCCGACGUCAUCUGCGAAUACCCAUUCAAAGAAUUGGCCGAGUUUCACGCCGCUCACGGUGGUAAAGGUACGAUCGUUGCCACCAAGGUCGACGAACCAUCCAAGUACGGUGUUAUCGUGCACGACUUGGCCACCCCAAACUUGAUCGACAGAUUCGUCGAAAAGCCAGUCGAGUUCGUCGGUAACAGAAUCAACGCCGGUCUGUACAUUUUGAACCCAGAGGUCAUCGACUUGAUCGACAUGAAGCCAACUUCCAUCGAGAAGGAGACUUUCCCAAUCCUUGUCGAACAGAAAUCCCUAUACUCCUUCGACUUGGAAGGUUUCUGGAUGGACGUCGGUCAACCAAAGGAUUUCUUGUCCGGUACUGUCCUAUACUUGAACUCUUUGAAGAAGAGACACUCUGACAAAUUGUCCACGGGCGACAACAUCGUCGGCAACGCCAUGAUAGAUGCAUCCGCCAAGAUCGCCAAGACCGCGAAGAUCGGGCCAGACGUCGUCAUCGGGCCAAACGUCACCAUCGGUGAAGGUGUCAGAAUCGAAAGAUCCGUCGUCCUAGCCAACUCCACCAUCAGCAACCACUCCCUAGUCAAGUCCACCAUUGUCGGGUGGAACUCCACCGUCGGGAAGUGGUGCCGUUUGGAAGGUGUCACCGUAUUGGGUGACGAUGUCGAGGUCCAGGAUGAGGUCUACAUUAACGGUGGUAAAGUCUUGCCUCACAAGUCCAUCUCAUCGAACGUUCCACAGGAAGCCAUUAUUAUGUAA